ACUGAUUCACGUUUAUUCUUCGUAAUCGAGUUUGUUCCUGGUGGCGAUUUAAUGUUUCAUAUGCAAAGACAGCGAAAACUGCCCGAAGAUCAUGCAAGAUUCUAUUCAGCCGAAAUAAUAAUCGCAUUGCACUUCCUGCAUUCACGCGGUAUUAUUUAUCGUGAUUUGAAGUUAGAUAACGUGUUGAUCGACGCCGAAGGUCAUGUGAAGUUAACUGAUUAUGGAAUGUGCAAGGAAAAUAUAGGACCUGGUGAUGUGACUAGUACAUUUUGUGGUACACCGAAUUAUAUUGCACCGGAGAUUUUAAGAGGGGAAGACUACGGUAUGGUUUUUACUAUUUGUUAUGAUAUUGUUGAU